AUGUCCAAUCUCUGGCGGCAGAAGUUUGACAAGCAGAAUCGCUUUUAUAUGCCCAGGGCCGAGAGAUUCCAAAUCCUGGGCUACUAUUGCCAGACGGAACUGGGACACGGGUCGAACUACGAGGAAUCGAGCCCAUGGCCUCUUUCUACGGGGAUUGCAACAAGCUUCACGAUCUACUCGCCAACGUUGAGCGGCACCAAAUACUGGAUUGGGGCUGCCGGGGUUUGGGCCACACAUGGCAUUGUCGUUGUCAGACACAUCAUCUGA